AUGCGAUACACGUAUCCUUGGCAUAGAUGUUGUAAGAGGUAUAUUACGUUCAAUUUAGUCAAGUGUAAACAACAACACUCCACAAGGAUUUCCAGGAUCAAUUCUAACACGGAUACAAAUUCGAAAUCUAAUGAUAUAAGUGAUUCUCAAAAAAAUAAACGUCUUCAAGAGACUCUUAGAUAUUUAGCCAAGAAUUCGAGUAAAUCUGUUUCGUUUUCAGAUUUGGUCCGAGGUUCAAUAAAGGAUACGUCUACAGACAAUAAUUAUCAGCACACAAACGUUAGCAAUAACCAUAUUGAAAACAUCUUAAGUCUGUAUAAUACAAAUACCCUGGAUGGCAAGAAUAAUCAUACACGUAAUACACAGACAGAUCAUCGGUUCGAUUCGUAUUAUAAUGAAUUGUUGAACAAUUUGAAAAAAAUCGUGGUACCAACAAAUACGACAACUUCUAUUAAAUCCAAUACAAAUAAUAACGCAAUAGCAGAUCAUUUGAUUUCUUAUAAGGAAAAUGUCAAUUGGAAUUUCAUUAGAAAAUCAAUCUUAAACAAUAAAUCAAUCUCUAUGGAAGAUUUCCAAUCGUAUAUCAAACUAAUAAAUUCAAAAGAUUCACAUUUAAAUAAAAGAAUCAUUACAAAACUAUCAAUCAUAUUUUAUUACGGUAUAAAAGAUUUAUCGAUUUAUAACGAUUAUCAUGAAAAUUGGCUAUUUUAUUAUCCUUAUUUAGAACCAGCAUUCAAGAGGUUGGUAUUAAGAGAUUUCUUAUUAUUCAAUAAGGAUAACAAAGCAAAUUUAUGGUCCCUACUGGGAUCAAAUUCAAGAAUUUUUUUAAAUACUUCUUCCGAUUAUAUCUUAUUAUAUCAAACUUUCUAUUCUUUUGCAAAUCGAUUACCAUUACCAAUAGAUCCAAUAUCAUUAACCAAAAAUCAAUCGUUAUUUAUAGAAACGUUAAAACUUGCAUCUGAAUUUCAACCGCUGAACCAUGUAUUAUCUGAUAUUUCGAAAUUAUCAGUUAAAUACAAACUACAUUCCAAUGUUUCAAAUGGAUUUGCCAUUGAUGAUUACCAUUUCAUUAGUUCUCUGAAAACUUUAUUAGAAAAAAAUGACAAACAUAUCUUAAUGACCAGCUCUCCAAAUUAUCUUGAAUUAAAAUCCAAAAUUGUUCAACAUUAUGAAUUGAUAAAGAAUACUGUCUACAAGAAAUUUACUUCACUUUAA